AUUGAAAGAAAUGUAAGGGCGGAAAACUUUAUAAUGCUUCAUAUCUGUGGGUGUAAAGUAAGUAGUGUAUAUAUAAAAGUUAAGCUUAUAUAUAAGCGGAGACAUCGAAGUCCCAGUGCAGCAGUGCCGAAAGAAAGCCUUUUUUCAUAUUCCUCAUUUCUUUGUCACACCUCAUCAUUUAGUCCAUUCCUUUCUUCUUCUCUACUAAUCUCUCUCUCUCACACACACACACAUUGCACCUCUUCUUAUCUCCUUCUGUUUCAUGUGAAGUGUCACCAAAACCUUUCAUUAAUCCUUGCUGUCCGCUCCCUCUCUCUCUCUCACACACACAUUUGUGUCGACAUAAACUAACGGAAAAAUGGCGGUGAGAGAGAAAUUGUUGCAGGCUUAUGUGCUAAUAAAUAUAAUUUUGGUGAAUUUUGCAUGGGCUGAAGAUAGACUGAUAAGGCCGUCAGAGUUGGAGAUGUUUGUUGAUGAGCUUCCGGACAUGCCCAGGAUCAAAGGCUUCGAUUUCGUCGAUGCUUCUCUAGUUCCGACCAAUCUCAAUAUUGGAAUGUAUCACAAACUAUGGAAAUUUCAUAGAGAUCUACCUGCAACACCAGUUUUUGCAUAUGGUACAACAAAAGAAAAUGCCACAGUUCCUGGCCCCACAAUUGAAGCCCUUCAUGGAAUUCACACUCGCAUCAAAUGGACUAAUUACCUCCCUUCAAAACACAUACUACCAUGGGACCCUACUAUCCCAACAGCCACCCCUCACAAAGGAAAGGGCAUCCCCACGGUGGUGCACCUCCACGGCGGCGUCGACGAGCCCGAGAGUGACGGCCACUCGGGCGCAUGGUUCACGGCCCGGUUCAAGGACCGGGGCCCGUCUUGGACGAGGAAAACCUACAAGUACCAUAAUGUGCAGCACCCGGGGACGCUAUGGUACCAUGACCAUGCGAUGGGGUUGACUCGGGUCAACCUCUUGGCCGGCCUAGUUGGCGCCUACAUCAUUCGCCAGCCACGUGUCGAGCUGCCACUCGGCCUCCCAUACGACGAGGAGUUUGACCGCCCUUUGGUCGUUUUUGACCGCAGCUUCUCUACCGAUGGCUCGAUAUACAUGGAUCCCAAGGGGAAUAACCCGUCCAUCCAUCCUCAGUGGCAGCCGGAGUAUUUCGGCGACGCCAUCGUGGUCAAUGGGAAGGCGUGGCCCUACAUGAUCGUGCGGCGGAGGAAGUACAGGUUCAGAAUCAUCAAUGCCAGCAAUGCAAGGUUCUUCAACUUCUCUUUCGACAACGGUCUCAAAUUCAUCCACGUCGGAUCCGACUCGGCAUACAAUGAGAAGCCGGUGAUGCUUAAUUCCUUCCUGCUAGCGCCGUCGGAGAUCGCUGACGUGGUGGUCGACUUUUCAAAGUCAAAGUCAAAGUCAGCCAUCUUGUCCAACGAUGCAGCAUAUCCCUACCCUUCGGGUGAUCCGGUCAAUGCAGCAAAUAGCAAGGUAAUGAAAUUCAUCAUCAAACCCAAACACGAAGUUGACACCUCGAAGAUCCCCAAAAAACUGAUCAAGUAUCCUCCACCAAGUCCAAGUGUAUCUGGCGUGACGAGGUAUAUCGCUCUGUACGAGUACACGAGCGCCAUCGAUGAGCCAACGCAUCUGUACAUCAAUGGGUUGCCCUACGAGGCGGCAGCGACGGAGAAGCCGAAAGUGGGGGCGACGGAGAUAUGGAACGUGAUCAAUUUGACGGAGGAUAAUCAUCCGUUGCACAUACAUUUGGGGCUUUUCGUGGUGGUUGAGCAGACGGAGUUGGUGGAUGUGGAUGAAUUCAAAACGUGCAUGUUCAAGUACAACGACGCCGUCGAGUGUGGGGUCCAUAAGUAUGCGGUGGGUAACAAGACGGAGGUUCCCGCCCACGAGAAGGGCUGGAAAAAUGUGUUCAAGAUGAUGCCCGGACACAUCACCAAGAUAAUAGUCAAGUUUUCUUACAUUCAUUCCAAUCAGUCGUAUCCCUUCGAUGCCACUGCUCACCCGGGCUAUGUCUACCAUUGUCAUGUAAGUUCUUUUCAUCUCUUCACCAUCUUCAUUUUUACCAUGCUUUUUAAUUAUUUUAAUUUCUUGCAGAUAUUAGAUCACGAGGAUAAUGCCAUGAUGAGACCAUUGAAAUUCACGCACUGAUUACUGCUUAUUCAAUGUACUUUUCAACUAUAUAUUGACAUGGAUUCUCAUACUAUAUAUAUCUCACAUGUCCAAAUUCAAGUACAAGUAGGCGCUUCAUUCCUUUCCAAUUCUCCAACCACAAUAUUUGUGAUAAUGAUAUAUAUCUAAGUGUGUUUGCUUUGAAUAAA